CUCUGGACCGGCUGCCUCUCAGCCUCAGCAAAGCAGAGGAGCUAAGGAUGGCGGCUGGGGAGGGGGGAAGCCAAGGAUGAGACGGGGAUUCAGACUCCUCGUUCACAGAGAAGCCGGGAGAGGAAAGCCAUGGCUGACGGCCUUCAAGUCACAGUGCCUGACAAGAAGAAGGUGGCCAUGCUCUUCCAGCCCACCGUGCUUCGCUGCCACUUCUCCACGUCUUCCCAUCAGCCUGCCGUCGUGCAGUGGAAGUUCAAGUCCUACUGCCAGGAUCGCAUGGGGGAAUCCCUGGGCAUGUCCUCUCCCCGGGCCCAGUCUCUCAGCAAAAGAAACUUGGAGUGGGACCCCUACUUGGAUUGUUUAGACAGCAGGAGGACUGUUCGAGUGGUAGCUUCCAAACAGGGCUCGACCGUCACCCUGGGAGACUUCUACAGGGGCAGAGAGAUCACGAUUGUGCAUGAUGCUGAUCUUCAAAUUGGAAAACUCAUGUGGGGAGACAGCGGACUCUAUUACUGUAUUAUCACUACCCCUGAUGACCUGGAGGGCAAAAACGAGGACUCGGCAGAAUUGCUGGUGUUGGGCAGGACAGGGCUGCUUGCUGAUCUCUUGCCCAGUUUUGCUGUGGAGAUUAUGCCAGAGUGGGUGUUUGUUGGCCUGGUGAUCCUGGGAAUCUUCCUCUUCUUCGUCCUGGUGGGGAUCUGCUGGUGCCAGUGCUGCCCUCACAGCUGCUGUUGCUACGUCCGCUGCCCAUGUUGUCCAGAUUCCUGCUGCUGCCCGCAGGCCUUGUAUGAAGCAGGGAAAGCAGCAAAGGCCGGGUACCCUCCCUCUGUCUCCGGUGUCCCCGGCCCUUACUCCAUCCCCUCUGUCCCCUUGGGAGGAGCCCCCUCAUCUGGCAUGCUGAUGGACAAGCCGCAUCCACCUCCCCUGGCACCAAGUGACUCCACUGGAGGAAGCCACAGUGUUCGCAAAGGCUACCGGAUCCAAGCGGACAAAGAGAGAGACUCUAUGAAGGUCCUGUACUACGUCGAGAAGGAGCUGGCUCAGUUUGAUCCGGCCAGAAGGAUGCGAGGCAGAUAUAACAACACCAUCUCGGAACUCAGCUCCCUGCACGAGGAGGACAGUAAUUUCCGCCAGGCGUACCACCAGAUGAGAAGCAAGCAGUUCCCUGUGUCGGGGGAUUUGGAGAGCAAUCCUGACUACUGGUCAGGUGUCAUGGGAGGCAGCAGUGGGGCAAGCCGGGGACCCUCAGCCAUGGAGUAUAACAAAGAGGAUCGGGAGAGCUUCAGGCACAGCCAGCAGCGCUCCAAGUCCGAGAUGCUGUCCCGGAAGAACUUCGCCGCCGGGGUGCCGGCCGUCUCCAUGGACGAGCUGGCCGCCUUCGCCGACUCGUACGGCGCGCGCUCCCGCCGGGCCGACGGCGACAGCCACGAGGCGCGGGGCGGCGGCCGCUUCGAGCGCUCGGAGACGCACGCCCUCGGGGGCUUCUACCAGGACGACUCGCCCGAGGAGUACUACGGCCCGCGGAGCCGCAGCCGGGAGCCCCUGGGCGACGCGGGCCGCGCCUGGGCCCCCGGCACCCCGCGCCGGCGGCCCGACGACGCGCCCCUGCCGCGCCUGGUGAGCCGGACGCCGGGCACCGCGCCCAAGUACGAGCACGCGCCCCGCGCCGGCGGCCUGGAGCGCCAGGCGCGGCCCGAGGGCGCCAGCCGCGGCGGCAGCCUCGAGACGCCGUCCCGGCUGAGCGCGCAGCUCGGCCGUCGCAGCGCCUCCUACUACGCCUGGUCGCCGCCCGGCACCUACAAGGCGGCCUCGCCGCAGGGCGACGACGACGACUCGGCCGACGACGACGACGACGACGCGCUGCCGCCCUACAGCGAGCGCGAGCUGAGCCGAGGCCCGUCCUACCGCGGCCGCGACCUGCCCUACCACGGCAACUCGGAGAAGAAGCGGAAGAAGGAGCCCACCAAGAAAACUAGUGACUUCCCAACCAGGAUGUCCCUUGUGGUCUGAUGUUUGUUUUCAAGCCGUCUCUCUGGGUGACUAGAAAUCAGAAGCGGACUAUGGAGACAAGACACAAAUCCAAGAGCCAGCAGGCCCGGGACCUUCUCUGGGCACCACCUUGGAAGAUUUGACCUUUGCUUUGGCAAGGGAUGGGGGGGGCGGCCUUUAAGGGGGGGGGGGCUGAUUCCAAACUUCAGCGUACAUCUAACUGGUGUGAGAAACAAGAUGACUACGUUGUGAGAACAUUCCACGCACGGAGUGUCUCAUCCACUGAGUUCAUCCUGCCUGAUGUUUUUCCUUAGCCAAACCGGGAUUCCUUUUCCAAUUCUUAAAGGGAGUUAGCUCUGGACCACCGAUCCCUGGAAAAUGCCUCCGCCUACGGUAUGUUCUUCUAUACUUCCUGUGCUGUGCUUAGAGACAGAAGAACUUAUUACUACCAUUAGAAGAAGGCCUGAUACUGACAACAGAAGAUAGCUUUAGGCAAAGUAUACCUUUUACCCCCGUCUCCCAGUCACUAGUCAGUGACUAUUGUCACGCUAAAAUCAGAGGGCCUUUGGUGAGCUCAGUGACAGUGACCUGCUGGACGAUCACAGAAAUGACUUCAACUUGCCGUUCCGAAUGACAUGCCUUGAGUGGCUGCAACAAAACAAAAGAGUAUACGUUUUUGAAGAGCUGUGCAAGUGGUAUUUCUUUCUCCACUCUGAGAACAUAAACUGCUUUUUCUCCUUCUGCUGUGCACAGUGACAUCUGAGUCUCGGACAUUAAGGGCUCUCCUCACCCUCCUUCUCCGGGACUUUUCACAUGGCGGUGCCACCCACAGAGCCCCACCUCCCUCUGCACCCUGAUUAACUUGUCAUCAGGUGCCUUUUGAUAAACGCUUAAAAUACACACAUGAAAGGGAAGGGGAAGAAAAAGGACAAAGCAGUAAGUAGAGAAGAAUGAAAAAGAAUUUAAGAGGAAAAGAAUAUACGAUCUCAUUAUGUUUUGAAUGUGGGCCAUUUCCCCCACAGAUUCCACUUGAUCUUCUCUGGUUUUGUACUUCAUUUCCCGUGAGUUGUUUCUGCCAUCCCAGCCCUGCCCUUCCAGGACACCGGAGAUGGUGGAGUGUGCAACUCUUCGCCUCAUCAGAUUGCUGCUCUAGAUGCUUUGGGAAACAAGUGAUCUGGCUCUCUCAGGAAGCAACGCUUCCUAUUCCCACCCUUGCCUAAAUGACAGAUUUUGCCUAAAUCCCAAAGCUAGAUAUCUCUGGAUGUUGUAAUUUGUGUAGAUUGCAAAAAAACAAAAAAAAACCCGGCCAUAAAUUCUUCCCUUCUCAUCAAGAGGUGCGGCCUGUUUCUCUACCCCUUACAUCUGGGAUUGGCCAUGUGAUUUGAUUUGGCUGGUGGCCCAAAACAAAUGUAACACAAGCAGAGACUUGGAAAAAUUUUUGUGCAUGGGGCCUGUUUUCUCCUGCUACUCUUGGAAACCCUGCAGUUGCCACUAGGUGCACAAGCCUGGGCUGUCCUGCUGCAUGAUGAGAAAAAAAGGCCCGGUCCCCCUGCCACCCUGACAGCCCAUCAAGUCUCAGCUGAUCGCAAACACCGGCGUGAGCCAGCUUCGACCAACAGAAGAACUGCCUCGCUGAGCCCAGCCCAAGUUGCUGAUUCCUGCUCAAGGCUGAGAAGUUGGUGCACCUGUUACGUGUUCCCUUCUCUUCGAGGAAAAGCUAUUUCUUCUUGUCUGGAUGUUCUUCAUCCCUGACUCCAUCUCACCUAGGUGUCUCACAGUCUCCACUUUCUUUGGCAAACGUUUGUCAAAGCUUUUCACCCCGCACCCCACACCAUUGUGGUGGGACACACGGUUGGGUCAAAUCCCCGGAGGACAAUGAUGCCUGGCCUCCCAGCAGUGGUAAAUCUUUUUAUCUUUGAAUCCCCGGGCAACCUACGAAGGUUUCUUCUUCAGCAACUCCUUGGUCUUCUCCAGAGCCACCUGAUUGGAGCUGGGCCCUAUUCUCAGAGUACCAUUCCACUGGUAUCCAUUUACUUCGUGACGUGUCCAAAACAGUCCUGCGUGUGCAGUGAAAUAAAGAAGUGGCUGGUGGUGAGGGUCAGAGGAUGAGUUGAUAUCACUGCUUGGAGGAGAACUGGCCCACCAAGCGACUUUGCAGUGGCUUCGGCCUGUCUGAGAGGAACCAGGGACGGUUCAGCCCAGCGCUGGCACUUCCAAGGGUGGGGGACACAAGCCAUAACCCUGGUGCUGAGUUUUAGACUUGCUGGUGUGUCCCUGGCCUCUAAGAGCCUAGGUCUAGUCUGUUUGUUUUGGCCCCAGUUCAGACGGAGAAGAUGAUUACACAUCAUCAUUUCUUAGUCACCAGCUUUGGAUUUCAACUUGCUCAGGCAAUUCUAGAGAAUAUUGGGUAGCUGUAGUAGCUAUUAUCUCUUUAUACUGAGCACUGUGUCAGGCUUCUCUCCACCAAAGAGCCCCAUAGCACCAGCUGCAGAGACCAAACAUAUUGCUUUUGUUAGCCGAGGGCAUGUAUGAUUUUGGUGAAGGUUAGGGGAGUCGUGGAAAAGAAUUAUUAAAAUUGGAAACCUGCAGUUCCAAAGACGACAAAACUACAGACAGACAACACAAUAAAAAACACAAAGAUGACAGGCUACUGAAAUAACCUGGGGAGAUAGGACCAGGUUGUCCCCUGUAGGGCUGCAUAAACCACUGAAAUUUCCAGGCCUUCGGCCAGGAGAGAACACCUGUUUCUGGGUAUGGGGACGCAGACUGGGUUGACUGCACAAGUGAAAGUAAAGCUGGCCAUCCUCGGCACCCCGGCUUUUCUCAGUGGGUCCUUUUGUUUCUUCCCUGAAUAGUGUUUCCCACGUAGGACGGACUUAACGCGUAUUAGCUUCCUUCCUAGGUUCCAUUGGGUACAAAAUAAGUCUUGUGGAAGACAUGGUCUCUGUCCACUGGGACCCUGCAAUUGAACAGGCGAAAUAAGACAUGCCCAAGAAAGAAUUAGGAGAUUUUAUGCAUAUAAUGUGAAAUAUUGCUAUGGAUAAAUUAUAACAAACCCAGAGAAUUAAAGUUUUUAAAUUUAAAUGGGUAUAUUUUGAUAUUUAAAUGUUGUGUGUGUGUGUGUGUGUGUGUGUGUCCAUCCUUUGUAUUUAAAGAUAUGCUCAGUGUCCUGAAAAGCCAGUGUUAAAAAAGUCUGACUGCAAGAGGUGAAUUCGGAUGGGGGAGGGGGGAGUACAAGGCCCAGGGCCCAGUGGGUUGAUGGAGGAGCUGCUGUGUUUGCCUGUGAGUCACAGCUGAGUCAGGGAUGUGUUAGAUAAGGGGGCGUGGAUGCAGGUGGCAGGAGGUAUCCCCCAGGACUGCUUCUUUAGGUCCUGCGUAGACUCACCAGGAAGCCCGGGACACUUUGGUGGCCCCGGUGGUACAUGUCAGCUGUCCUGCCCAGGCGUGCUCCCGGGGGAGCUCUGCGUCUACUUAUCCAGGGGCUCCAUUCCGCAGCCGUGAGUGUUGCCACCGUCACCCGCACGGAGCAAGUCUGGCGGAGAUAAUGGGCCUCUCCUCUCCCUUCCCGAGACCGUCCCUCUGCCCCUGGCACAGGACUGUGCAGAGUGGGGGCGGGAAGAGGCAGCCACUGGAGCCCGAGGCGCUCCGUGCUGAAAACAGCCACGUCGGUAAAUAGUUCUAAAUAGUCUGAAAGACUUCACGUAGGCAAUCUGAUUAGACGUCAGGCAGCCUUUUCGGGAGGCUGAAGUCACAGACACUGCUGUAAUCCAGCCCCCCCUUUUCUUUGUGGCCGGAGAAACGAACCGUCACUGCCAUUAGUGAAAUCACAAAUCUGAUUUAGCCUUUAGACUCCAAGCCGUUGCUGCUGGGUCAGUGUUUCCCCAAAUUGCCUAACCAUACAAAUUACUUGAUUGCUGUUAAACAUGUAGUGUUGGGCCCUGUCUUGGAGAUUUAUUGGGUGGGUCUGCAGCGAGGACUUGUUCUUUUAACGUACGUUUCAGAAGAGUCCUGUGAUCAGAUGCGUUUGGAAAAUGCACUAGAUCGUAACUAAGGUGCACCCCAGUCUCGAGGCCUCCUUGGGCUUUGAAAUUUUUGUUUAAACAUCUUGGGGGGGGGUGUCCCUUCUACUCCCUUGGGGCUGGCAGUGGUGAAGCACCCAGCAAUCUGGCUGCCACGGUGGUAACUGACUCGCCAGGGUCCAGGGGUAGGAGAACUGUCUGAGGCAGAGAGAAAGGAAAGCUAGGAGCACUCCCAAGAACCUGUUCUAGAUGUUUCUAAUCCUGAAAAAGUGAUCUGUUGUGACAAUCCCAGAUCUGACAAGAAUUACAGGUAAUUUUCUCAUUCCCUUGAUGUCAUUCCGAGCAAAACUUAGAUCGUGAAUAGAAAGGAAACAGACCAUUGGGAAACGGCAAAUCAUUUUAUGAAGCAAAUUGCCAGCCUGGCUGUGGUCAACACCCACUGCCACCUUAAGGCCCAAAGUGGGAUGGAUGGGCAAGAAUAACAAAAUCUACAUUAUAUACCCUUCCAACGUCAGAUUUAGAUGAUGCUAGAAUCUUGCAAGAGUUGAAACUGAUUUAUAGGAUGUAGAGAUCCAAAUUCACCAAAAUAGGGCCUCAGGUACUUAAAGUCCUAGAGAAAAAAAGUGCCUAGUUUUGUGUGUGUGUGUGUGUGUGUGUGUGUGUGUGUGUGUUUUCCUGCCAGGAUCCUACCUCCUAGUCACCUGGGAAGCUGAUCCACAGAGCUUGAAGUGAGGGGCUUUUGCCACCAGAGUGGAACAGAGAUAAUGCUGAGCUGCUUUAAGCGGCAGCCUGAGUUUUGGCAUUGCCUGAGGGAGAUAAGAAGGUUAAUAGUAAUAGUAUUUGUGUUAUUUUUGUGGCGUAUUACUGUUUACAGAGCACUUUCACAUGCAUUCUAUCCUUUGAUCCUUACGACACCCUCCUGCCUUGGAGGGAGGGAGGGUGGAUGUCGUGACCUCAUCAAACAGAAUGUAAAGCCGAGGUUGAGAAAAACUAAGUGAUUUGCCUAUAGUCCAAAGGCUUUUAAAGUCAUAGAGCCAGGCCCUCUGUCUUGGAUUCUUCCCGGGCAAUUCCUACAACACCUGCAGGACGGGGAUCCGGCUGGUUUGCACCCGGUGCAGAGUCCCGGACCCCGUGCCCACCCACACGCCGCCGGUGGGGCAAGGCUGCGAAGCCGGCCCCUGGGGCUGCCCCUCACUGCCCCGCGUCGCCCCUCAAAUGUGGCUCUGCAUGGAGCCAGCCUCCCUCCACGAUGGUUUCUUUUUCAUCAGCCGUGCUGUCGGGGGUGGGGGGUGGGGGGAAAGGACGUGACAAAAAAGGCACUUGAGAUUUCAGAACCCUUCCUGAAGAGGAAUUUCUGAGCCAAACUAGAAAUUGAUCUAGACUCAGAAUUCUGGGGCCUGGGGGCAACCUGCUUAGGCGCGAAGUAUCUGGCACCGUCACUGUAUCUCGGGGAUUUUAGGUGGCACUAAGAGGGACUAGAGGUAGGAGACGAUGCAGCUGUUUAGUUAGAAGUUUUGUCAGGGUUUCUCGCUGGGGCUGGACACGCGCCCAUGUGGUCCGGCCCCUCUCUUCUGGGAAAGCGAAAAGAGGCACGAAUAACUUCGCUCUUACCUUGGCUGUAAAGGCAAAGCCACUUUAUUAACAAAGGCAUUAGACAGUACCCGGCGAGAGUUUCCCUUGUGGGACCGCGCAAGAGGAAUCGAAGGAACGACAGGGCCGAGGGGUCCGAAAUCUGUUUCAUGGGAGUCACGUGCCCGGCUAUUUUGUGCCUUGUCUGUGGCAUCAAAACUAAACUGUUGUUGUAUCGCUGUUGCCCGUGAUUUUUUUUUUUUCGGUGUCAAACAUACAAAGUGACUUUGGUUGUAAUGUUUUAAUCUAAAUAAAGUGUUUCACCUA